CAGAUGAUAAGGAUCACUAGCUAAAAUGUACUUUGGCUCACAUACAUUACCUUCACAAAUCUGGAUAAUAUAAUGCGCAAGUAAAAAAGCCAGCUGUAGAAGAAGCAAUUGCCCAAAGCAAAACAAAUAUCACUGGUAACCAAUAUAAGCAUAAGUGCUCAAACCAUCUUUGACUAUUAAGGACUGAAAAUUAAUUCCAUGUGUUUGAGUUGAAACAUCUGUUAUUGUGCUAAUAAACAUAAUAUGCUUUGUUCUUUUGUUUCAUCACGUAUGGAAGCUUCUGAUUUCUCUCAUCCUAUUUGAGCUUGCUUUCCUAUUUACAUGUUUAUUCUCUUUUAUGCAUACUCCUCAAAUAAUGACAUUUACAAUAUAAUCAAAACACACUCAAUUGCAUAGAAUCUCCAAACUUGAUUCCAGAGAAGACACUAGGUUUAGUGGACACCAAACUCCUUAGGAAUGAUGAGGAUUAAAUAAUCUGAUUCAAAUAGGUCCAAUUCUAACCCUACAUACUAUGAUCUACAUGUACCUGACAAAAUGAAAGCAAAUGAGAAACUUAAAAGGCUUCAGCGAAGAAAAGAAAAUUGAUUACUUUGGUAAAUCAAGAAGUUCGUUAGCAUCCAUGGGAACGGUCUUCGUCAUCAUAGCAACCGCCCAAUCGCCCAAGGGGGCCAAGAAGCCAAAUAAAACCCUUCUCUUCGCGGCCUAAGCAACAGGAAGAAGAAAGGUUGUCGAUAGCGAACGCGACAAUAUAUUUCCUUUUUUCGUUUUCAUCCCCCUCGAUCUCGAAUCGGACGGACGAGUUCUCACUUCGCGAUCCAGAUGUCUGCGGCGGCUAUCGCCUGCAGUAGAGGCGCCGCCACGUUCGGGUUUCGUUGCUGGUCGCUGAUGCGGCUGCCGGCGGCGCAAGUCGGGUACCCUCGGUCCAAUUUAUCGCUGCUGCAGCGCUUCACUUCGGACGAGAGCAACGGGAGUAGGGCUUGCCUUAUCGACACGCUCGCUCUGGUCAAGAAGUUGGAGAAGGAAGGGGUCCCGUCGAAGCAAGCGGAGGCCAUAACGAAGGUUUUGAACGAGAUCGCCCGCUCCCUUGGGUCCAAGCCCGAGAUACAGAGGGAUCAACACUAUCCAAUGCUGCAACGAGAGACAGAAGAAAAUCUUCGAGUUGAUAUCGAGAAAAUGCAUAGUGAACUUAGAUAUGAAAUCGACAAGGUAAUUGCUGGGCAGCGCUUGGAUCUAAUCCUCGAGAGACGGUAAGGGAUGUUAAUGUCUAUUUGAUAAUGGAAUAUGUGGUGAUACCUCAGGCUGAAUUGUUGUCCAUAUUUGUUACAGAAAAUACACUUUUUUAAUUUAACAACUAGGUUAACCAUGCUAGUUCAGAUGAAGAGUUCAUGUUGUAGGUAACAAAAAACAAGAGUUCAUAUUGAUUUGAAUUCUGAUUUAUCAUCAAGACGUUCUGGUCUGAGUGUUGCUAGAUCA